AUCGCCAACACGCCAUAAUCACCACGACCUGACGACCGGUCGCUAUGCUUGCGUAAAGGACGGUCGCGUGCAUCAGUCUAGCUGACUGUAAUUAUCAUGUUCAACUUCACGCCUUUGCUCGGUGCGCAAUCUGCGUCGCCAGCGUCUCAGUCACUGCUCGAGUUCGACGGAGGUGUGAAGGUGCUCAUCGACGUAGGCUGGGACGAGAGCUUCGAUGUUGAACUGCUCAAGGAGAUAGAGAGACAUGUUCCUACGCUCUCCUUCGUUUUGCUCACCCAUGCCACUACAGCACAUCUUGGUGCAUAUGUGCAUUGCUGCAAGCACAUCCCCACCUUCACGCGCAUACCCGUCUACGCAACGAUACCCGUCAUAUCCCUAGGUCGAACACUUCUACAAGACCUCUACGCCUCCACACCGCUCGCAGCUUCCAUAAUCUCGAAUGAGUCACUCAAUGAGUCGGCGUACGCAUACCCUUCGGCACUCCCAGGCGGGAGCAACCCAAGUAUCUUGCUCCAAGCACCUACACACGAGGAGAUCGCAAACUACUUUGGUCUCGUGAACCCUCUCAAAUACUCCCAGCCACGCCAGCCGCUAGCAUCACCGAGCUCCCCACCUCUUAACGGUCUCAUGAUCACGGCAUACAGCGCAGGACAUACGCUAGGAGGCACAAUAUGGCACAUUCAACAUGGCAUGGAGUCAGUUGUUUACGCGGUAAAUUGGAAUCAGGCACGGGAACACGUGCUCUCUGGUGCUGCCUGGUUAGGUGGACCUGGGACUGGAGGUUCUGAGGUAUUGGAGCAGUUGCGCCGCCCUACUGCUCUCAUCUGCAGUAGCAAAGGUUCAGGGAAACACACAAACAUCAAGGGCGACCAACGAGAUGAGGCUCUUCUAUCGAUGAUCAGGGGGACGGUGGCGAAAGGAGGGUCUGUUUUGAUCCCUUCAGAUUCCAGUGCUCGCAUUCUUGAGUUGUCCUACCUCCUCGAAGAAACAUGGCAGAACGAAGCCUCACGAGCGGACAGUACUAGCCCCCUAAGGAACGCAAAGCUUUAUUUGGCAAGUAGAACAGGCGGUGCGACCAUGCGUUACGUAAGAAGUAUGGUCGAGUGGAUGGAUGAAGGAAUCGUCAAAGAAUUCGGGGCAGGCGCUACAGAUGGCCAGGACCCGAGUAAGAGCCGGACAGGUGUCAAAGAUGACAGAGGUGCAAGGCCACCGUUUGACUUCAGGCACUUCACCCUGUUAGAGCGUAAGACACGUGUUACACGCAUGCUCGGCGAGUCUGAGCCGCGGGUGAUACUCGCAAGCGACACUUCUCUGGAGUGGGGCUUCUCCAAGGACGCUAUCAAGAGCUUAGCAUCAGACGAGAAGAACCUCAUCAUUUUGACAGAGCGUGUCGGUGAACUGAGCGGCAAAGAGAAGGGCUUGGGAAGAUACCUAUGGGAGAUCUGGAAUGAGCAAAAUGCACACACGGAACACGACUCGUCGACAACGAUCAUCAAUGCUCCCGGGCAAACAUCAGUGCGGAUCGCUCGAACAGUAGCGCUCGAAGGCGACGAGAUACCCCUCUACCAACAGCAUUUGGCAAGACAGAAACAGCUACACAACACCAUGGGCGGCGAUGCCACAACCAACAUGGAGACCGCCGAUGUUGUGGAUGAUCGAUCGUCAACAACAUCAGAGAGCUCGGAAGACUCCGAGGACAUGGUCCAUCCACACCAAGGAAAGGCUCUUAACACAACGGCUACGCUUCGUCAUGCCCGCAACAAGGUCGAUCAGACUGAUGCUGAGAUGGGUGUUAACAUACUCACCCGGCGAAAGAACGUACACGACUUCGAAGUUCAGGGCAAGAAGGGCGUAGACAAGAUGUUCCCAAUCAUUACCAAACGAAGGCGUGCAGACGACUUUGGAGACCUCAUUCGACCUGAAGAGUUCGCGAAGGCGGAAGAAGAAGACAAUGUGCCAGGUGAGCCAUCGCGUGGUGACACAGCGAAGAAGGAGAAUGCAGUCGGUCAGAAGAGGAAGUGGGAUGGUGUAGCAGAUACGCCCGCCGAGCCAGACAGCGAGCCAGAAGACGACGUAGGUAAGGUUGAUGGGCCUGCCAAGGUCACCAUUGGCUCUGAGACACUCGACAUCAGAUGCCGCAUCACGUACGUCGACUUCUCCGGCCUGCAUGACCGCCGAACAAUUCAGACGCUCAUCCCACUGAUCAAGCCUCGCAACCUCAUUUUCGUAGCUGGCGAGGAGAUGGAAACCAAGGACCUUGCAGAAGAGCUCAGAAGGACGCUGGCUUCGAUCGAAGCCGGCGGCAACAUCGACAUCUUCACUCCCCAAGUCGGCACAAUGGUCGAUGCCAGCGUCGAUACUAAUGCCUGGUCUGUCAAGCUGUCGCGCAGCAUGAUUCAAAACCUGCGAUGGCAGAAGGUGCACGGUCUGGGUGUUGUUGCCGUCACCGGACGAUUGCAGGCUGCGAGUCUCGAGCCACCGCCAAAAGAGGAAGAAGACGAAGCGCCGGCCAAGAAGCGGGCGAGGCUCGAAGCCACACCUGCUAUUCCCGUUAGCCAGGAAGCAAACGACGACACACCGGUUCUGGACGUCAUACCGACAAACAUGGCAACUGCUGUGCGAUCUGUCGCCCAGCCCUUCCACGUUGGUGAUUUGAGGCUUGCAGACCUGAGAAAGCUCAUGAAAGCUUCUGGUAUGGAAGCUGAGUUCAGGGGCGAAGGUGUGCUGGUCAUCAAUGGAACUGUUGCCGUCAGGAAAACGGCGGCAGGAACUAUUGAGGUUGACGGUGGAGCAUAUAACUUCACUGACCCGAGGAACAGCGAUGCCGCUACAUUUUUCAAAGUCAAAAGAAAGAUUUACGAAGGACUGGCCGUCGUUGCAGGCGGCUAGAGGCUGAAAGUCGGAGCCUGACAUAGCAGUCUUGCUUCAGACGGAACACAGGUCCGUAUCUUUGUAAAUUAUCGACUGUUAAUCAAGAAAUAUUCUGCAAGAGCCCC